AUGGUCACCCUGCCUUUCACGGUCGGCGUCUUCAUGGUGCGCGCCUGGGUGCCCGGCGGCGGCGAGGAGACCGUCGGCCGGAUGACGGGGCUGCUGGCGGCCUCUUUUUCGCUGGCCCAGACCGCGACAGCCUACGGCUGGGGCCUGUGGUCCAGCACCUACGGCCGGAAGCCCGUCAUGGUCAUUGGAAGCGGCGUCACCGCCGUCUGCCUGGUCUGGUUCGGCCUGAGCGGCAGCUACGCGGGCGCCUGCGCGGCGCGCGUCGUGGCGGGCCUGCUCAACGGCAUCAUAUGCGCCUGGAAGUGCAUGAUCGGCGAGAGCUGCGACGACCUCACCCAGGGCAAGAUCAUGGCGCUGAUGUCGCUGGGCUGGGGCAUCGGCUGCGUCGCGGGCCCCGCGAUAGGCGGCCUGCUCUCGCAGCCCUGCGACAGCUGGCCUGGGGCGCCGCUGUGCGGGGAGGCCGGGCUCUUCCGGGCCAGGCCGUACCUGCUCCCGUGCCUGGUGGUGGCGGCCUGCAGCGCCGCCAGCUGCGUUUGGAACGCGCUGCUGCUGGAAGAGACGUUGCCGUCCCUGGUGGCGCGGCGGCGACAGCAGCAGCAGGAGCAGCAGCAGCAGCAGCAGCAGCAGCAGAAGGAGCAGCAACAGGAGCAGAAGGAGCAGCCGCAGGAGAAGCAGCAGGCAGUGUUGGGCUUACUGCAGGCGCAAAGCGUCAGUGCCGGCGACGUGGCGCGGCGGCUAGCUGAAUUGUGGCGGGGCCGCAGGUACAGCCGGCUGCGCGCCGACUGCGCAUUCGGCGCCGGCGCCGGCAAAAGCGAUCGCACGGACACCGUUGCUGGCGGCCAGGGCCUGGGCCGCGUUGACAGCGCAGCUGACUUUUGGCUGCGGCGCGGCGGCUCAGGAAAGAGCACGGGCAGCCUCAAAGGCCAGGGUGUGUAUGGGCGCAGCGCGCAGGGCAGCAGCGACAGUGGCAGCAGCAGUGGGACAAAGGUGGCGGCAGUGGGGGCAGCCGCAGAGGUGGAGAAGGGCGGGCGGGCUGGCUCGAGCGCCGGCGCGGCCGGCCUGCAGCUGCCGUGCAGCUGCCCCGCGGGCGGCUCCCUGGAGAUGGCAGCCCUGAGGGUCGGCCGCGGCGACAGCGGCGGCGACCGUGGGCCUGAUGGCCACGGCGAUGUCAGUGCAGCUGCAACUGCGAAUCGCGACAGCACAGACCGCGGCGCGCCGGACGGUCCCUGGCACCGCGAUCGGCAGGUGGUGCUGGCGCUGCUGGGCUAUGGGGCGGUGUGCCUGCUCUUCUGCAUGCUGGAUGAGGUGAUGCCAAUCUUUGCAUCCGCGCCGAUCUCUGAAGGCGGCCUGGCCAUGGAGGAAGCUGACCUGGCGGUGCCCCUCGCCCUUAACGGCGCCUGCCUCAUCCUCUUCUCGCUCCUUGGGUACCCACCGCUCCAGCGCCGCUUCGGGGCCCUGCCGCUCUCGCGCGCCGGGCUGCUGCUGUCAGCCGCGGUGUGCCUCGCGCUGCCGCUGCCCUCGCUGGCGGCCGCGGCGCGGGGCGCGACCUCGGCGCUGCCGGCCGGUCUGCUGACGGCGGUGCUGGCUGCCAAGGCUUGCUGCGCCUUCACGGGGUCCAUGAUCCUCGUCAACACGCUGCCCCACCCCUCCCAACUCGGCGCGGUCAACGGCGUCGGCCAGACGCUCGCGUCCCUUGUCCGCGGCCUGGGCCCGCUCUGCGGCGGCCUGGCCUGGGGCCUCGCCGCCCACGUGGCGGGGGGCCAGUUCCUCGUGUUCGGGGCGGUCGCGUGCGUGGCGCUCGCGGCCGCGGCCCUGUUCGGGUUCCUGCGGGUGCCCAGCCCGCGGGACGGGGGCCGGCUGCGGGCCGACGACCCCGCGCGGGGCGGCACAUCUUGCUGCGAGGCCUGA